AUGCAAGACCUUAUGAAUGCUCUUCAAGCAAAUGGUAAUGAAACUAUAGACAGAAUAAGAAAAAUUGAAGAGCGAUUAGACUCACAACAACAAAUUAUUGAAAAAUUAACAUUAGAGAAUAGAAAUCUUCAUCAUCUUUUAUUUUCCAUUAUUAAAACAAGACUACUUGAAAUAGAUGAUGUUUAUGAUGAUGACAUUGAUUCUCAAUACAUAGAAAAAAUGAUUGGUGAUAGAAAUCAAAGUCUUUCUAUGUUUGGUAUUUCUAGUUUUAAUUAUAUUAACGAAGUAAGAAAAGUAGAUAAACCACUUAAACCAAUAACACCAGAAAUACUUAUUGCAUGUUAUAAACUAACAGAAAAUGAAAGUGAAAAAACAAGUAUUUUAUGUGCAAUUUCAAAAAAUACUAAAUUAGAAUAUUCAACUUCAUUAUGUGAUAUUCUUGUUUCACAUAUUGGAGAUUCUAAUGAAGUAAAUGAAGAUUUAGCAAUAGAUGCUUUUUGUUCAAUGAAAUGUAAAUAUAAAAAUGAACAAUUAAUUCUUAAUUUAUGUCAGUGUUUAAUUGAAACACCAAAUGAUAAUCUAACAAAGAAAAUGAAAUUGGCAUAUUUAAUAUUAAGAUAUUCUGAAAUAGAAGACCAUUAUAUAAGAAAAGCUAUGUUUACAUCAGGAAUUAUUGAAUAUAUUUGUGAAGAUUAUUUAUCACUUCAACAAUGUGGAAGUCUUGGAGUAUUACUUUUAGUAAUUAAAAAUUUAUUAGAUGACCAAAGUUAUACUGAUUUUAUUCCUUUUGAAUGUGUAGAAGCUAUUAUUCAUUCUCCUUUAUGGUAUGAAGAUUUUCAAGAUAACCAAUGGAAACAAUUAACUCAUUUUGAACCUUUUUCAUUACUAAAAAAUCUUUGUUCAUCUCCUAUUCAAAGGAAUGUUAUUAGUAGAAGUGGAUUACUUGAAGAUAUUUUUGAACACAUAGACGUAGAUAAUAAAGAUUGUCUUCUUAUUUUAUUAGAAUUAAAUAAAAUCUGUCCUCAAGAUGUUGUUGAUUAUACUGAAAUUAUAAAAGAAGCAAUGAAAGACCAUCAAGAAGAUAAGGAAUACCUUCAAAUAGCAACUCAUCUCCUUUGUGCAAUUGCAUUAUCUCAAUCUUCAACUUCAAGACAAUAUCAUCUUGAAACUCAAAAAUAA